GCCGGAGCGCCCGCAGGCGGUGCUGCCGGAAGCCCCGCCCAUUAGCCGCCGGGUUCGUGGCUGGCUGGCUGAGCCUGUCACUCCCGGGCCGUUUCCCUGAGGCCGGCGCUCUACUGGGGGCGGGAGGAAGAGGGGCCGGACUGGGGCCUGACGAGCCGUAGCUGUUGCCGCCGUCUUCGCGGCUGCUAUGACCAGCGGUUGAGGCGCCUCCCGCAGCUCCGCGCGGCUCUAGUCGCGGCAGUGCGGCCGCCGUAGCCGUCUGGGUCCCCAGCGCGGCCGCUCCCGCGGCUCCCUCGGCCCUUCCAGCGCCGCCUGCGAGGCGAGGCAGAGGCACGAUGAAGAUGACGGUGGAUUUCGAGGAGUGUCUGAAGGACUCGCCCCGCUUCAGAGCUGCCUUGGAAGAAGUAGAAGGAGAUGUGGCAGAAUUGGAACUAAAACUUGAUAAGCUUGUGAAGCUUUGUAUUGCGAUGAUUGAUACUGGAAAAGCCUUUUGUGUUGCAAAUAAACAAUUCAUGAAUGGGAUUCGAGACCUGGCACAGUAUUCUAGUAAUGAUGCUGUAGUUGAGACCAGUUUGACCAAGUUUUCUGACAGUCUUCAAGAAAUGAUAAAUUUUCACACAAUCCUAUUUGACCAAACUCAGAGAUCAAUUAAGGCACAGCUUCAGAACUUUGUUAAAGAAGAUCUCAGGAAAUUCAAAGAUGCCAAGAAGCAAUUUGAAAAAGUCAGUGAAGAAAAAGAAAAUGCAUUAGUAAAAAAUGCUCAAGUACAAAGAAACAAACAGCAUGAAGUUGAAGAAGCCACAAACAUUUUGACGGCAACAAGAAAAUGUUUUCGACACAUAGCCCUUGACUACGUACUUCAGAUUAAUGUCCUUCAAUCAAAAAGGAGAUCAGAAAUCCUAAAAUCAAUGUUAUCCUUCAUGUAUGCCCAUUUGGCCUUCUUUCAUCAAGGAUAUGAUCUGUUUAGUGAACUUGGACCCUACAUGAAGGAUCUUGGUGCACAGUUGGAUCGACUGGUUGUGGAUGCAGCAAAGGAGAAAAGAGAGAUGGAGCAAAAACAUUCAACCAUUCAGCAAAAGGAUUUCUCCAGUGAUGAUUCUAAGUUAGAAUAUAAUGUAGAUGCUGCAAAUGGCAUUGUUAUGGAAGGAUAUCUGUUCAAACGAGCCAGCAAUGCCUUCAAAACUUGGAACAGGAAAAAGCCCGAUCAUAUCAGACGCUGGUUUUCAAUACAGAACAAUCAGUUGGUUUACCAGAAAAAGUUCAAGGAUAACCCCACUGUGGUAGUGGAAGAUCUCCGGCUCUGCACAGUGAAGCAUUGUGAAGACAUAGAACGACGAUUCUGCUUUGAGGUGGUCUCUCCAACAAAAAGCUGUAUGCUUCAGGCGGAUUCUGAAAAGCUGCGCCAGGCAUGGAUUAAAGCUGUUCAGACCAGUAUCGCUACUGCUUAUAGAGAGAAGGGUGAUGAAUCAGAGAAGCUGGAUAAGAAAUCAUCUCCAUCCACAGGAAGCCUGGAUUCUGCAAAUGAGUCAAAAGACAAAUUGCUGAAAGGAGAAAGUGCGCUGCAGCGAGUCCAGUGCAUCCCUGGCAAUGCCAGCUGUUGUGACUGUGGUCUGGCAGACCCGCGGUGGGCCAGCAUCAACCUGGGCAUCACCCUGUGUAUUGAGUGUUCUGGGAUUCACCGGAGUCUUGGAGUUCAUUUUUCAAAAGUACGUUCUUUAACUUUAGACACCUGGGAACCUGAACUUUUAAAGCUUAUGUGUGAGUUGGGGAAUGAUGUUAUAAAUCGAGUUUAUGAAGCUAAAGUGGAAAAAAUGGGAAUAAAGAAACCACAACCAGGACAAAGACAGGAGAAAGAGGCAUAUAUCAGAGCAAAAUAUGUGGAGAGGAAAUUUGUGGAUAAAUAUUCUAUGUCAUCAUCACCUCCUGAGCAGGAAAAAAAGAUUAUCUCCAAAAGUUGUGAAGAAAAGAGGCUGAGCAUUUCUAAACUUGGGCCAGGUGACCAACUCAGAGCAUCUCUCCAAAGUUCAGUUAAAAGUAAUGACAGUGGAAUCCAGCAGAGCUCUGAUGAUGGAAGAGAAUCUUUACCCUCUACAGUGUCAGCCAAUAGUUUAUAUGAGCCUGAGGGAGAAAGGCAGGAUUCAUCUGUGUUUCUUGACUCCAAACAUCUUAAUCCAGGACUCCAGCUUUAUAGGGCUUCGUAUGAAAAAAAUCUUCCUAAAAUGGCUGAGGCUUUGGCUCAUGGUGCAGAUGUGAACUGGGCUAAUUCAGAGGAAAACAAAGCAACACCACUUAUUCAGGCUGUAUUAGGGGGCUCAUUGGUGACGUGCGAGUUUCUCCUGCAGAAUGGUGCUAAUGUGAACCAAAGAGAUGUACAAGGGCGGGGACCACUGCACCAUGCCACCGUCUUAGGGCACACGGGGCAAGUAUGUUUAUUCCUAAAACGAGGUGCCAAUCAACAUGCCACUGAUGAAGAAGGGAAAGACCCUUUGAGUAUAGCUGUGGAAGCAGCCAACGCUGAUAUAGUGACCUUGUUACGUUUAGCAAGAAUGAAUGAAGAGAUGCGGGAAUCAGAAGGACUUUAUGGACAGCCAGGUGAUGAAACUUACCAGGACAUUUUUCGUGAUUUUUCCCAAAUGGCAUCCAAUAAUCCAGAGAAACUAAAUCGUUUUCAGCAAGAUUCACAGAAAUUCUGAAUUUUUUUAAUAAGGAGAAAAUAUUAAAUCUUUUGACCCCCUAAUGUGUACAUCUGAAAAUUGACAAAUUUUUACUGCUUUAAUUCUGCUUCUUAAUUUUAGUAGAUAUUGAGUGGUUUAGAAAAAAGGUACCCAUUUAUUGAUAUUUUUAUAAAUUAAAACAUUGAUCUGUAGUAGUUGGGAGAGGAACCUACCUUAGGACCUCUUUUAUUAAAAAAAAAAAGCCUGUUUAAAGGGCCAUUUUUUUAGGUGACAAGAUGUUAAGAGUUUAGACAAAACCUCUUUUAUUGCCAGUGAAGUAGCAUUGAUGUUUUUCCAUGCAUCGUCCCAGGAUCGUUCAGUCUAGCAUGUCUGCAUCAAGUGGAAGCUGACUGUUCUGCCUGCUCGAGAAUAUGUCUUUUCUUUAGCUUCCCUAAUGAUUUUGGUGGUUCAGAAAUAGUUUUUUCGCUGUCUUGGUAGCCUAGCUAUCAUACCCACAGUAUGUAAUUUAAUUAUUAGAACUAGAGAAUAUGUUUCCCCCAUUUGCUCAUAAAUGCAGUUGUACUUCUUACAUGUCUGGUUAUUGGCCAGUACUUUAACAGGCGUAUAAUGGCUCUAUAGGUAGACAUAACUCAGUCCUUUAGAUUUAUUCCAGUUUAUAAAGCAGAAAGAAACCCUUAAUCUUUUUUAAUCACCAAAAGAAUCUCAGUUAUAGAAGUUGUAAUUCUUCGUUGUUGGGCUGAUUUCCUAAAACCUUGACAAAUUUAUUGAUGUUAUAAAACUCUGUUUCAGAGGUUACUUGAAUGUUGCAAAAUUAUGCUUUCAUCAGAUUGUAACUUUUAAAGGAGAAGUUGAUUUAUAAAAUAAUGUAGAGCAUUUUUAUAUUUGAAAUUUGUUCUUUUCAAGAUACAUUUUUGCUAUUGCUCCUAGUUGAGAGAAAAAUCUCUCUAAAAGGAGGAAAAAACUCAUGUUUUUCUUAAUUUAUACUAAAAUAUACAGCAGUAAAUUACUUUUUAACUUUUCCAACAUCUGUCCUGUGUACUUGUUAUACACAGUGUACAUUGUCUUAAAUUAUAGCAUCUCUAUAGCUUUAAUAUUUGGUUACAUGAAUCAUAGAGCCUUGAAUUCCAAAAUAUUAUGGAUAUACUAAUUUACAUGUAUAUGCCACAAAUUAGUCUGAUUCUAUCUUUGAUUGACGUAUCUUCUUAGAGUAUAAAAUAAGUAAUUUGCCUUAUGGUUUCUUUCUAAUAUUGUCAACAAUUAAAUUUAAUCUUUUACAAGUUACAUGUAAGUAAAUAUUAUUGAUACUCAGUUUCUAAAUAAGAGAAAUUUUUAAACUUGAGUUAUGAAAGAAGUGGAGAAAUUAUAUUUAAUUGGGUAGAUAAUAAAUUUUGUAACAUUUACCCCCAAUAACUAGAAUUUUAUAAGUUGAUUAAAUGGCAAAACAGAUCUAUCUAAAUAGGAAUUAUACUGAAAUAAAUUCACAUCACAGAAAGUCUUCCAUAUUUGUUUGGCCAAAUUGCAUGCAUAUAAUGCUUAUUUAGUAAUAAUCACUGUAUAUUAGAUAAGGAUAAAAAUAUAUUUAUGAACUAUUUCUAAGAAAAUGCUAACUUCCAAAGCCUUGUAUUUUAAUUACAAUAAUAAGAGGAACAUUAAAUCUUUCAUGUUUCACCUCAGAGUCACAGAUCAUCCAGCUUUGCAAAAAUCUGAUUCAUAACAUUUUUAUUAGAGUGUACUUUGAAAUUAAUUAUCCAAAAAGCUCAAGGAUAAAAAAAUAUGUCGAAAAUGAACAAAUAAACAGAAAGAAAGAAAAAGAAAAGAAAAGAGAAGCCGCACUUUUCCUUUGUAGUGCCUAUUCCUGUUUUAAUUCUAGGCUUCUCUCCUAAAGCUCCUAACCUUUAUCUGAGGAGGCCUAGGCAGUUUUUCUUUUGGAUCCAACCGUUGGUGCUUCAGCUCACCUCUGAGAUCUCUGGUUGUGAAGGCAAUUCUUUAUAGCGCUCUUACCUCCUAUGGCUUGAGUUAGGAGUUGUAAUGUGGCGGUCAUUAGUGUCCACUUAAAUGUAAUGGUUAGAGUCUGUAAUUGAAGUGCACUAAAGAUGAUCAUGGUCCUGAAUAUCUUCAGAGAAAGCAAAAUCUUUAACAGAAAGGGAGCCUGGCAAUACAAAAAUACAUUUCUGUGGCUUAGUUUGUUGAAUAUAUUGAGACCCAAUUUGCAUUAAAUUUGGUGGAAAUGAUACAGUAAACAGCAAGGCUUUAAAGUAAAUUAAUAGGUACAAGUAGUUACAAAGUAGGUUGGCUCUUACCAAGAGGAAUUUAGCUGUGUCAACUAAUAGCUUUUCUGUAGUGUGUAACAAAUCUGAGUGUUGUUAUGCUGUGAAUUAUUCAAUGCAUUAUGAGAAAUUAUAUUGUAAGCAAUGUUAAUCAUACUCUUGGGCUUCAUAAGUCGAUGUGAUUGCUCUUUGUUUUCUUUCCUUAACUGAUUCGCUGAUUUUAGUUUCUGAUUCCUUUUCAUCAUUCUUUUAGCUCAGUAUCAUUAGCUCAUUGACUUAAAAGUUAGAUUAAUAUCAAAGUAAGAAUAGCAGUGCUAUGAGAAGUUCAUAAAAUACAGUUUCACAUUAGAACUAGACUAAAAGUAAUUGAGUAGUUAUUUGUACUUUUUCGUUGUAACACUUAUAUGUUUAAGAUUUCUGAGGUUUUAAAAAUUACUUUUGGUACAAUCCUUAGAAAUUCAGAAAUUUCCAGGGAUUCACUACAUUACAGUGUUUGCCUAAUUUAUACUAGUCUUCACUGUGGAUUUUAAUGAACUUUGGUGUUUACUUUCCAAAACAUAUAGAUUUAAUUUGGAAUAUGUACUUGGUUCUUCAUGUGUGCAUUUUGAAAAAAAACUCAUACUUUCAUAGUCUGGAAAACUUAAGUUUGUGAUAUGUUAAGCAGUAUUUUACAAAUAUGAUUUUACACAUGUAUGGUCACAAUAAACCAAAUUAUAUUUAGACUAAUUAUAUUUAGAAUAAUAAGACAUUCCCAUAUCACUCAUAUUGUGAAAUUAACCUCUCUGAUAGCAGUUUUGACUAUGGACAUGAGCUGGAAAAAUGAUAUAUUUUUAUAGAAUUGUAUAUCCAGAAUGACUUUAGACCUGCAUGAUAUCGUGGAAAACGCACUGACUAGUAGUUACUACUCCUUUUGGAUUCACAGCUCCUCACAAAUAAAAUGAGUGGAUGAGACAAGGAGAAACUAUAGCAAGAUCCCUUUGUGUACUCUUCUGCUGCUCACAGUGCCCUCCAGAAAAAAUAGCACUGUGACACGUUACUUUAUCACCCCUGAUUCUCACAGUAGAACUUCUGAGAUCUUAGUCUAAGAGCGCCAACACUGUCCUUUCUUUGAUCCUGGGCUGGUCCUCUUGUUUUACAGAGGGGGUCACUGGUUUGCUAGUUGAUAGCAGAGCUGAACGAGAACCACUGUCUGACUGACUGCUGGUCAGGGGCAGUUUACUUGUAUCAUGAAAUGAUUUGAAAUCAUUGUAAAGCAGCAAAACCUGAUAAUGACUGCCAGCUUUCCCUGUGUUUUGAUAACAAAGACUCUAAAUAUUUUGGAGAACCUGGGUAUAAAAUUACCUUGAAGGAAUAGAUUAGGAUUUGAAGACAUUAAAUUAUACAUUUUUGCAAUAACAAACAUUAAUGAAAGCAAAACAUUAUAAAGGUAAUUUUAAUUCACCAUAUACUUAUGAAUCUCUUGAUGCUUCCAAAUGAAAGAUAACUAAAACGGGCUUGGAUUUAGUUUGGCUGAGUCCUGACAUCUAUAAAUAUGGUUUUGUGGACAUCCUUUUCUGUUUACAUAGAUUUGUCUACUUAAAAUAAGAUAAUGAGGGGAAGGAAGCAAGGUUUGAUUAAGUAAACUUUUCUCUGCAUUGAUCUUUUCACUAUCUUAUGUUCUAAAUUUUCUCGUUUUUCCUCCACACCCCUCCCCACCUUUUGGGUGUUCAUUUUAAACAGGGAAAGCUUGCUACAUUAUAAAGAUUGUUGGCACCAUUUAUUUUACACAAAGGCUUAAAAGGUUAACUUGGAAAUGAUGAGCUACUUUUCUUUAUGUGUUUACCUGUGCUUUGUGGUAUUUCUGGAUCAUUCCAGUCAUAAAGACUUAUUACAUGUAAUAUUUCUUGCUACCUGUGAAAAGGUAUAUUUUAAAGAAUGUAUAACCAACUCUCCAUUUACUUUUUAUUAGUAUGUAGAGAAUUUGUAUCUAUUCGUGAACGUAGUUUUACCGUAGUUUGUCAUUGUAAAUGGAGCAAGUACAUUAUCUUUAUAGUUAUUCUAAAAUGUACAUUAUGUAAGAAUUGUAAAUAUUAUACUUGAUUAAAUACUUUGUAUGCUGAAAAAUUAUGAUAAUGAGUCAAUAAAAAUCUCACCUGGCAUAAUUCCUUUA